CGUUUCCGCGGGGACGCCAUAGCGGAGGUGCACCGCGGGAACCAAGAUGGCGGCGCACACGCUGCGGGGCCUGUACCGGCCGCCGCUUGGGUUUGUCGCCGCCCGGUUCUCGCAGCGGGCCGCCGCCGGGACCGAGUACCGGAGCGCCUACAGCCUGGACAAGCUCUACCCGCCGCGGCAGGACGGCGCCGCCGACGCCCCGGAGGAGACGCAGCCGGCCACCCUCAACAUCCCCCUGGGUGAGCACCCCGACACGCACCUGGGCCCGGGUGCCCGGCGGUGGGUUAGACUCGGGACUACCGAGCCCGUGCUCAGCGCAGAGCUAAGCCCAAAGCCUCGCCUGACCGUGUCCUACUGCCGGAGCAGCGGCCCCGGCGGGCAGCACGUAAAUAAAGUGAAUACCAAGGCAGAAGUUCGGUUCCACCUGGCGUCAGCAGACUGGAUUCCAGAAGCUGUGAGACAAAAAAUGGCAUCGAUGCACAGGAAUAAGAUAAACCGAGCUGGUGAGCUGAUCGUGAACUCUGAAGAGAGUCGCUACCAGAUGAGGAAUCUGGCGAUCUGUUUAGAGAAAAUCAGAACCAUGGUGGCGGAGGCCACCGAGAAGCCCGAGGUGGAGUCUAAGGAGACUACACAGAAAUUCAUAGAGAGGGUGGAAAAAAUGAACCGUGAGCGACUACGACAGAAGAAGAUACACUCAGCUAUAAAACAGAGCAGGCGGGCAGACUUCGACUGAGAAGAGCAGAGAUCGAGUCCUUGGCGUGCCGUCUUUCUAAAGAAAUGGCAUUGGCAGCUGUAGAUGACGCUGAACUCCCUGACCUAUAGUGAAUAAAAAUGGUCUGAAAGUGUAAAUAAAAGUAUUUAACAUCUCCUUUUGAACCUA